CCGAGAGCUUCCACCAUGGAAGGCUGCAGCGCGAAGCGUCGAUCGUGAAGCGUGCUCAGCUAUCAGGGUCAUCAGCAAGCGUGGUGCUGUUGAGCAUUAUUGUGCCUUCUCUGCAUUAUCCGGGAGUACGGGAAGUCUCUGACCAGUGUACACCGUUCACCCAGGAAGCGAAAGACAAGGGAAAUACAAAAAUAAAAACAUAAGUGAAUUGAGAGGGUAACACACACAGAAAAAAAAGAAGCACGCAGCUAAGUCGUUGACGACGCGCGGUACACGCAAUAAACAGACGUGGUGGCGUGGUGUGGCGAGUUUCGUUGCGGACGAAACAAGACGCGAAGAACCAAAGCAAAGCGACCGAAAGGUGGAAGAUUUAUCUUAGCAACCCUUUUGGAAAUUUGAAGGUCACAGGUUGUGGAAGGCUGGGCUGGGAGUCACAUUCGUGCAUUGGUGUAUUUGUGUAUGUGUGUGCGUGUGUUUUAAUCCAUCCUGCCAAAUCAAAAGUGUGCUUUUAAAAAUCUAAUGUGCUCAAUGGUUCACGAUAUGGCAGCAAAAAGCUAUAAAAGCAUCAUCAACUCAUUCCCACGAGAGACCCAUCCCUCGGGAGCAAAGUGACUGUGUGUGUGUGCGUGUGCCAAUAACAAGUACCACCAAAAGAACAACGCCACCCCGUGGUGCAAAGAACCCUCCGGUUAGCAAAGAAGAGCGUUCGUCGCCAUUUUCGGCCGCUCAGUGUGCAACGACGAAGGCGCAAGAGCAUUCCCUGCUUCCGAUUACGUGAUUGCCGAUUUUCCGCGAAUCUAGUAAAAAUAGCAUUACCGGCAUUUCCUACCCACACCACUGCUACCGAGGGGGUAGUGUCUCCGCAGAGAAGGGUUGCAUUCGUGCUAAAAACAGUGAUUGGAAAGGGGGAGCUGGUGGCCGCUUGUUGUAGCAAAAGAAAAGCUUCCUCUCUCAAAGGGUGUUGCAGACCACAAAUGGUGGAAAUGUCAGUGCCGAGUAGUGAUGGAGAUCGCCCCGCGGUGAAGGAGUCACCGGGCGGUGGAACGGUGCCAGCGGUCGUACCGGCUGACGGGCGGCCCGGCCGACGGAAGCCAUUCUUCGAAAAGUUCGGCACCCUGCUCAAGCAACGCUCCGAUGCGUUUCUGCUACACGUAAACAGUCCCGUGCCGCCCCACGGCGAGGAAUCGGACACACCACCACCCGCCAACGGAACGGCCGGACCGGGCGGUGGUGGACCUGCUGGACCAUCGUCGGUCGCCGUGAUUCUCGGCCCGGCAGGGAUUCUCGGCCCGCCGAUCGCCUCCAACGGAGAUGCUUCGCCGGGCAAGCUGGGUGACGCGGAAAACUAUGUCGAGAUACUGUACGAGAAGGUGCUGCACGAGAUCAAGCAGGGCAACAUCGUCGAUCGACAGAAGAAGCUCACCCAGAAGGGGCUCUACUCCUACAUCCAGGAAGCGUUCGGAGUGGACGAGGCGCGACAUGCAGUGCUGGAGCAGCGCGUCGAAACCAUGCUCGCCCAGGACAUCUACCUGCGGGUGGAAGUGAUGGAGGCCAAACUGAACGGACCACCGGCAGACGAUCCCGACCGGCAGCCGCCGCUACCGAACGCGUUCGUGAUCGUGUAUCUGCAGGAGAAGCCACGCGAACUGCACCGAACGGCAACGGUACCGGGCACGCUAAAUCCGUCCUGGAAUCAGCAGUUUCCUGUUGCCGUCAAGCAGGACACAAAGGAAACGCUUAUCAUCGAAGUGUUCAACAACAGUGACAAUCCGAACAAAUUCCUGCGAGCGUUGCGCAUCGCUAAGAAGUAUGUGCUGUCGCUGUUUAAUCCCGUCGCAUCGCACGCUAAAAUGAUUGGACGCGCCAGCAUUCCACUGGAGUCCAUCACAUCGACCGGGUUAAUCUCGUGGUACAAUCUGGCGAAGAAAAAGAAACCCGACCCGCAGGGCACGAUCAAGGUGAAGUUCUUCUUCACCUCCAAGCUGGAGAAGGCGACCGCCAAGCACGAGUACGAGCAGAUGCUGCGCUGCAUCCUGGAGUACGAGCUGCGCAGCUCCAGCGUCGCCCGGUACUGGUGGGCCGGCAAGCUGACCAGCGAAGGGGAAGCGAUCCUGCAGCAGUACACCAAGUGUGCCAAUCUAACCGCCAUCGAGCAGACGCUCAUUGCCUGGUUCGUUUAUACGCAGGUGCAUCUGACCUACCCGCUGUCGAUCACGCUGCUGGAGAGCGUGCUGGACAAGCUGUGCGGUGCGUACGAGGUCGCCCUAACGACCGACGACGAGCGGGAACGCUUCUGGGAAGGUGCCCGCCGCAUCCUGCCCUCCUGCCUGUCGAUCGUGGUGAAGAUGCGCAAACGGUUGGCCGGUGAUAAGGAUAUCGUUAAGACGGUUACAGCCGUGCUGCAGCUGCUGGCGAAGGCGGACCAACUAGCCAUGCGCAAGGGAGCGAAUCUGUUUUCCGAUGCCACCGUACGUGCCUUAAAGCAGAUGGCGGUGGACUGUACGAAGCAUUCCACCAUGAAGGAAGCAACGGUGUUGGCAGUGCAGCUUGGUGCACGAACCUGGUUCGAGACGUCCCUAGCGUCCGCGAUCGAGGGUAGCCAGUCGAACGAGGAGAAGCUACGAUCGCUGAUCAAGUUUGUGCAGCUGCUGCAGGCCGAUCUGCUCCGUGCCAAAACGUACUACGAUGGAGUGUUUAAAAGCGUAAUGGACAUUGACUAUAGCCGGGAGAUCUGCAUCCAGCACGAGGCACGCAUCGUCUCCCAUCUCCGCCCGAUCGUGCAGACCAUUUGCAACGGCUUUAAGAAGAUCACGCUCCGGAUGGAGCAGCUGGAGCGGCGGGCCGAGAUGGAAAGCCUCGACAUGAGCUCGACACUGUUCGAGCUGUACUUGAUACUGAAGCUGUUCCUGCAGCAAACCGACACGGUGGUUCAGUGUGCACACAAUCCGUACAUCGUCGAGUUUCACCAAUGGUUCCGCGGUGGCAUCGUGUACUAUCUGGAUGUGUUUGCGAUCAAGACGAUUUCGCGCGUCGUUACCGUGCUGGAGGAGGACGAUCUGCGACCAGCGACCGGUGCCGUUCCAGGGCCGAAGUGUUCCUCCUCUACGGGGGAAAUUUUGGAGAUCAUCUCGCAGAUCAAGAUCUUCUGGGAUCAGCUGGCGUGGCCGGAUAAGGACGAGAUGAAAAAGUUCCUCAAGCGAAGCAUCGGGGAUAUCUGUAGCUGCUGCAUUUUCUAUGCCGAUCGUCUACUCUCCAAGGUGAAAGCACUGCACGGCUCAACGGUUGGCUCGGCCGGUGGACUAAACGCAACGCAGCUAGCAACGCUCGAACGAUCACUAACGGUGCUUUCGAACGUGAGCGUGCUGAUGCAAAGCCUGGCCCGGCUUCCCGCCGAACUCGGCUACAGUCAGCCGCGCGUUAACGGGUCGGUCGAAAGCGACACACCCGAAAAGACGCGCAAAACUUCGCUCGAGCAGCUGAUGGCCGACGAGAUGCUGCCGAUCGAUGGGCUGGCGAGCUGGCGACAGAAGUGUGUGCGCUACAUUGCCGAUCACGUGACACAGACAACUCGCGCGCUGAUCCUUGCCUGCGGCGAAGUUGGCCCGAACGGUGGCAGCCCGAACGGAACGCUGACGGGCGGAUUCUUUGCCACCAAACCGCAAUCAUCGCCAGUGGAGCACGUCGAACGAUUGCGGCACUGGAUCGUACAGUCGGCGGCGCUGCUGCGCGAGAGCCUGACCGAGGUCGAUCUGCACGCCGUGGAGCAAGAUCUCUGGACGGUGCUCGAAACAACGAUGGAUGAAAUCAUUAAGAAGCUCUUAGAGGUAAAGCCUCUCCGCGAAAAAGACUCCAUUUCAACGUUCCAGCGAUUGCGCGACUGUUACACCCAGCUCAGCCAGCACUACUUCCGCACGAUCAGCGAAACGAUCGCCUGCUCCACGAUCGGCGAACGGCUGGAAACGUUCAGCUGCACCACGAGUGAGCUCAUUCAUCGCUACUAUCUGGAGCGCGUCCGGCAGCAGGACCAGCUGGAGGAGCCGGAAAAUGGGCAACUCACCGUGCGCUGCUGGUUCCAGCCGGACGGGCUCCAGAUCAAGGUGCUGCGGGCCGAGCAGUUGCGCCUGCCGAAGGACUACAAACACUCGUGCGACAGCUACGUGAAGCUGAACGUGCUGCCGCCGGAUCAGUUCGGUGCACCGCUGCCGGAGCUGAAGACGAAAACGAAGUCGAAAAACUAUUCCCCCAUCUACAACGAAUCGUUUACACUCAAAAUCAAUCCGGUUCAACAUUCCCUCAAGGAUGCACUGCUCAUGCUGAACGUGAAGGUGUCGGAGCUGCUCGGCCUGAGCCAGAAGCACAUCGGCGAAUGUUUCCUACGGCUCGAUGCGAUACCGGUGGUGCGUGACGCGAGUGAGGCGCACGAGAUCGCACCCAUCACCAUUCCACUCAGCCUCCCGUUCACGAUCGCCUCCUACUCCGUCACUGCACUCGAAAACCGUAACCAUGACAAGAUGGCGGCCCAGUUUUUGAAAAAGCUUAAACAAAAGAUGGGCAUUGCGCCGUACACGAUGAGUACGCUUAGCUUGUGAGUGCAGCGUACAUCCGUUCGUCCGUUACUCGAACCAGUUUGAAAUCUACCUUGGAUUUUUUUUGUUUUUGUGGCAUUAGAGGUAAGGCAAAGUGAUAGCUCUUUUUUAUUGAAAUAACAACGUUACAGUUUAAUUGCAUUGCUUUUCGUCAUUUUUUUUGUAAGAAUGCUCAUGCACCAUGAGAUUGGUCGAAAUGGUGCUUUUUUUCUAAAGUCUUAAUGAACCAUUAGCAAUUAAAUAGGUUUAGAUUAAAUUUGAUGAAGAAUGUGAAGCCAUGCUUGAAUUUCGAUUUAAACACUUAAUUUUUUGUACAAUAAAUGAGUUACAUUUUAUACAACCAUGUA